AUGUCCACGUUUAAAGCGUACGAUAAGAGUGAACACCGUCUGCUUAUCAUUGGUGGCAAUGGAUUUGUCGGCAGCAAUAUAUUGCAGCGUGCCGUUCAAAAGGGCAUUGAAGUGCGCAGCCUUAAUCCAUCGGGAAAGCCGCAGUGGCAGGAUGUGCCUUGGAUUGAUAACGUGGAUUGGCACAUGGGCAAUGUAUUUGACAAAAAUCAUUUAGCAAAAGCUGUCGAGGGGGUCACAGGAGUGAUCUCAACCGUAGGCGCAUUUGGUGACAACGAGUUCAUGGAAAAAAUGUGCGGUGACGCCACGAUCGUAGCUGCUGAAGCAGCGCAAAAAGCUGGAGUAGAUCGCUUUGUGUUUGUCUCGAAUUCUCGCGUGGGAUCAUGGUAUCCGUCUUGGCUGCCGAUUUACGGCUACUAUCACGGCAAAGAGAGAGCUGAAGCUGCCGUACGGGAAAGAUUUCCUGACACGGGCGUCGCGCUACGUCCGGGCUUUAUCUACGGAUGGCGACGCACGAAAAAGGGACAAGGAAUUCCGCUGCAAGUAUUCGGAGCGCCAAUGUCAAUGCUGGGACGUGAUCUUGGCGCGGUGUCAUCUGUGAUAAAGGUCUUGCCAUUUAUUGGCGAUGAAUUUCAAGCUGCGAUCCAUGUUAGUGCUGUUGCAAAGGCUGCAGUGCUCAGUGCAAUCGGUCCGGUUCACGAAAGAACAUUGGAUACGAUGAGUAUGCUGAAACUCGCUGAUUCAUUUCAUCUUCACGAAUAA